UAGUUAAACAGCGUUAACCUAGAGGCUAACACGGAUAGCUAGCGCACUAGCAUAACUUUGUGCAUAGUUAUGGAUAGGUAAGCGAGGCGAGCUCGCUCCAGUAGCAGGUACUUUUUUAGUAUGUGUUUUGGCAUUUAAUAUCCUGUACUCAGAGCGAAAGCAACAAGUCCUCAUGUGUCUGACUUAUUAAUGCUCUUUGGCAGUCUUUAUUAACUGGCACAAGAGAUCUAUUAUUAUUAAUCUGGGUCGGUGCCAGACCUCCUGGGGGGCUAUACUUAUUGUGCAGCACCAGAUGAGUCUAUAAAUACAAUCAAUGCAACCAUUUAUUGGUUCGGAAGUGAAUGAACUGUACUCAAAAACGGCAAAGAGUUGUCAACAACACAGGAGGCUGUAAACACACGCACACGUAUAGUUAUGAAUUUGGAUUAUAAAUCAGCGUCUUCGCAGCACCGCUGCUGUUUCCUGUGAAAAUGACAGACAGGAUACAUACAGAAUCUCAUACAGGAUGGUGCCCCACCUUAUUCUGAAAAAUAGAUGGCUUAAUGUUCAUAAGAGCAAGGGAAAGCUAUCAAAAUGAACUUCCUGUAAUAUGAACUGCAUUAAAAGCUUUAUUUCACCUUAUUUUGGAGCAUCAUUUUAGUAGUGUGUUUCUUCCACUUUCUGUGCACUGCAGCUGACAUUUUAUAAUGCCCGCACUUUAUUUCUCUGUAAUUUAAGUAUUUCUUCUCCGGGGCACAUCGUGUUCCCCCUCAUGUUCUUUUCUCAUUUUAUCGGUUUUAGCCUCAUUGCUUAUUGGACUUAGUCUUAAGGCUGUACAAAUGCAACCAGGGAGGAUUAUAUCCUUACUGUUGAGCCAGUUAUCCUUGAAAUGGACAAUUAUGGGCUUGUGAACACUGAAACAGACAAUUACUGCCUUGUGAGCAUUACGAGACGCUGAGAGCUCAAAGUACAGAUAUUUUUCUUGUCGUAACCAAACUGCUUUGCCUUAGGUCCUGGGUCAUGGUACUUUCUGGUGGCAAACACAUGUGAUGAGCAGAGAAAGGAGAAUAAACUGUUGUUUUUGAUAUUGGCUGCAUUUUCCAUCCCCAGGAGAAGUGAGUCAGCCUUCUCAUUGCUUUACCAUAUAUUUUGGUAUGGCUUUGUUUUGGAGACGCACAAGGGUUAUUUCCAGCUCUGAACAGGCCUUCGGUUCAUGGCUACACGUGGUAUUAACUGCAUGGAGCCUGAGUUGCAUCACUUAACAAAGAUCUAUACAUUUCCGUGUUAACCAUUAAAACACAGUAUAUUUAUAGAUUCUGUCAUCCUCUUUGCCUCCCACACUUUUUUUGACAGAGUGAAACAAGAAGUCUUUCUAUCUGGGGUUUAUUUCAGGAGAGGUCUUUGUUUCGAAGGUGCCUUUGUAACAUUAGCUAACAUCUCCCAACAGAUUAUACUGUCCAGGUUCCUUUUGCAGUGGUACCUUUUGACAUUUUCUCUUAUUUUCUUUAAGCAGUGGAGCCGUGGUUAGUUGUGAUUAGAUUUUGUCUAGUCUUCCUGCUUGUCAAGCUGUCAUGAGCCCCACCAUCCAGCAACCUUUUCCUUUUUUUAAGGAAUAUUUUAGGGAUUUUAAUUUGCCUCUUUAUGGGAAUCACUCAUUCAUCACUUUUGUGCAAGUUAAAGCAAGAAUGUUGCAGCUCAGUCAGCUGAUUCAGUGGCUGUGGAUGAAAGGAAAACUGCUUUCUGGAGGUCAAAGACACUAAAUAAACAGCAAAUAAGCUUAAUACAGUCUUUGAAAGAGAGUUUGAAAUGCUUGCUUGUUUGUUUUUAACUGGCUAAAACUGCUUCAUUGGGCUGGAAGGCAAACAAUGUCCUUGCUCAUGUGAAGCUGUACCCCCCGUCCUUUUUUAAAAAUUUCCUCCUGGUCCCCAGUCUCCACGUGGGGGAGUCCGUUCAUUGAUGGAGUAAAUGAGCAAGGGAGGAGUCAAGAUGGACAGAAGGAAGAGGAGGGGGAGAGAGAUGAGAGUUCAAGGGUUUCCCCCCUCUUAAACACACAUUUGUCCUUAUCCUCAUUUGCUGCCCUCCCUCCUUUGCUGGAAUGAGGUUAUAAGGACUACAGAGGUUAGACUGGAGGACCACAGGAUUUGGGUUAGGGAUUGGAAAGUUUGGUCAAAGCUGGUUUAUUUGAAAGAAACACGCUUUUUCUUUUACUGGAAGUGAUGAUAAACCUAAAGCUGUGUGGACUUCAGAGCUAUAAACUGGGCUGAGCUGGUUGUACUGGGACCAUUCUUGCUGCCGGUGGCGUCUCUCGGCAGACAGAAGCUUUCUUGGUGCCUGAUGACCUGAGUCCAGAGGAGCGUCAGGAGCUGGAGAGCAUCCGGCGCAGAAAACAAGAGCUGCUGCAGGACAUACAGAGGCUGAAGGAUGAGAUAGCAGAGGUGACCAGCGAGAUUGAAAACCUGGGCCUGACUGAAGAGAGGAAAAACAUGCAAAGGAAUAGACAGAUGGCCAUGGGCCGAAAAAAGUUCAACAUGGAUCCUGCGAAGGGCAUUCGCUUCUUGAUCGACUGUUCGCUGCUGAAAAACACCAGUGAAGACAUUGCCCAGUUUCUGUAUAAGGGGGAGGGGCUUAACAAAACCGCCAUCGGGGACUAUCUGGGCGAGAGAGAUGAAUUCAACAUCAAGGUCCUGCACGCCUUCCUGGAGCUUCACGAGUUCACAGACUUGAACCUGGUUCAGGCUCUCAGGCAGUUUCUGUGGAGCUUUAGGCUGCCCGGCGAGGCCCAGAAAAUCGACCGCAUGAUGGAGGCGUUUGCUCGGCGAUACUGUCACUGCAACCCCGGAGUGUUUCAGAGCAUCGAUACCUGUUACGUGUUGUCGUUCGCCGUGAUCAUGUUGAACACCAGUCUACACAACCCCAACGUGAAGGACAAACCCUCUGUUCAGAAAUUCACAGCAAUGAACAGAGGAAUCAAUGAUGGAGGAGACCUACCGGAGGACCUGCUCAGGAACCUGUACGACAGCAUCAAGAACGAACCUUUUAAGAUCCCAGAGGAUGAUGGGAAUGACCUCACACACACCUUCUUCAACCCCGACAGAGAAGGGUGGCUGCUCAAACUCGGAGGUGGAAGAGUAAAGACCUGGAAGCGGCGCUGGUUUAUUCUCACUGAUAACUGUCUCUACUACUUUGAAUACACCACUGACAAAGAACCCAGAGGGAUUAUUCCACUGGAAAAUCUAAGCAUCAGAGAAGUCGAGGACUCAAAGAAGCCGAACUGCUUCGAGCUGUUCAUCCCCAACCACAAAGAUCAGGUGAUCAAGGCCUGCAAGACGGAGGCAGACGGCCGCGUCGUCGAGGGAAACCACACUUUCUACAGAAUCUCCGCCCCAACUGCGGAGGAGAAGGACGAAUGGAUCAAAAGCAUCAAGGCUGCCAUCAGCAAAGACCCGUUCUAUGAGAUGUUAGCUGCUCGGAAGAAGAAGGUCUCCUCCCUGAAGGGGCUGUAGAGCUGCUGAGGAUAAAACAACCGCAGGCCUGUUUCAGGUGGACCUGACAUUCCCGCUGCAGACCUGAACCUGGCGGAGGAUUCACCUCUUAAAGCGGCUUGUCUUUUGUCCCCUUUUCAACAGACACACCUUCAGAACCAGCGCUCCCUUCUUUACAGGUCUGACCUCCUGCCGACACUUUAUUUCCCAUCUGCAGCUAAUGUUAUUCAGACAGAGACCGCUCUUUUGUUUGCUGAAACGUCACCUUUUUAGAGUCCUGCUGCUGCAGUACUGUAACGAUGCUGCGGUGCCCUCCGGUUAGCUCUCCCGCUCAUCUUGAAACCUGCUGUAAGGACUGUUGACAAGCAUUUGAAUGACCUCUGAGCCUUUUCGCACAAUCAGUGUUUGGUCUGCUUGAGUACAGCAAGUCCCUACAGCUGCUGAAAACAGAGAGAGCGCGGGAAAUGUUGUCAGUUCACGUCUCCAGAGGAGUGAGCUACGAAGCGAGGUUAAUGAGUUAGCGAGGUAGCGAGCCUGAAGUUGUUUUGUUGUUGUUGUUCAGAGUUUUGGUUUAAAAUCAACAGCAAAAAGCAGCCCAGUGAUAAACUAACAACACAUAAGGCAGUACAGGAAAACCUGCUCAAAAAAGGCUGUGUGUUUACAGUGACUUCAAUCAAAUUCAAUUCAAUUUUAUUUACAUAGCGGCAAAUCACAACAACAGUCGCUUCAAGGCGCUCAAAUCAACGAUGCCGACAAUACGUUUCAGUGCUCCUGCUUGUCUCUGCAGAUCUUAAUUGGUCUGCAGUUUUCCUAGCUGCAAAUCCAAAACGUAAAUCUGAUCUGGAAACCAGCAAGAAGUUAUCACUUCUGUCCUGUGGUGUGGUCCACCAUCAAGCUGGAAAUGGACUGUCACCAGAUCGCUCCUAAAUCAUUGUAAGGAGUUUUUGUUUUUUUUAGUAUUAGUAUAUUUUUUAGUAUUUAGUAUUGUUAAUACAGUACCUAUUGACCCUUGGUAAGUAUAUUACAAUUAUGCCAAUAAAAAUAACAGAAAUAGAAAACGUGAUUGUUCUUCACCAUCAUAUAAAAAAAUACACAUCGCCAUUCUAAUUACACUCACAGUCACAUCUACAGGCACCUGUUAACCUAACGUGCACACCUGGAGAAAACCCAAGACAUUCAUGCUGCAGGACAGCAGUCCUGACCCUCAUAAAAUAAGAAUUCAUAUGAUGAAGUGGCAAAGGAAAUAAACAGUAAUACUAUUAAUAGAAAUAAGUAAAGUUAAUCACAGCUGUAGCAGACUGGAGUUGUGUUGAAAUGUGUCUGCUUCAUAGUGCACUCCUCUGGACGGAAAAGUUUGAGAUAAAAUAAACGACUCCUCGUGAAAGCUGCACAGCAGCAGAAUCUGAGAUUCUGACUUUUCUGAAGCUGACGAAGAUUCAGCUCAGGACUCAGUCGAGACUGAGCAGCGUUUAGUUUGUUGCCAUACAUUUCCCCCCCUGCCCCGUUUUGUUACUACUGUUGAUCUUCUGUCCAUGAAAAGGAAGGUAAAACAGAAAUAGUCAAAUAUUUAUUUAUCCACAUUUCUUGUAAUUUAUUGUUUUUGUCUCAAUAAAAGUUUGCAAAGAA